ACAGCAAUUGGGAUCCGAUGCAAGGAUGGGGUUGUGUUCGGUGUCGAAAAAUUGGUUCUCUCCAAACUUUACGAACAAGGCUCAAACAAGCGUAUCUUCAAUGUCGACCGUCACGUAGGGAUGGUAUGUAUUCAUCCACAGACCACAUCCCCAGUAUAUACAUGUGUGGUGUUUACCAACAAAACUGAUGCGCACUCAACCACACAGAGAAAAAAUAAUAAUCUUACAAUCAAAGGAUUAAAAUGUAAGCUAUUUCGUCUGCAAAUGUUAUUGAAAAAAUCAAGACAUUUACCCAUUGCAAUUUAUAUGCUGUUUAUUUCAAAUACAUAGUUACAGUUGCUGGCUAGCUAGCUAACCAUAGCCACAUUUGCAUAGACGUGACAUGCGUCAAAACAAGAGAUGGUAUCAAGCACAAAAUACAACUAGCUGAAACAAGCCAUCUACAAUUCACAGCACACCAGCUUCUAGUCAAUGUUGCUAGCUAUCUGGCCGAUCAGUGACAACAGUCUUAUACCUCUGGGUUGUGCCUGCAUUUUUGUCAUGACGUUGUCAUUCCACCAGUCUAUUUUUCUUGAAAAAUCUUAAGCAGGUAUUGGUCGUCGCCAUCUGUGUUCAGCUCAUAUAAAGGGCUGGUUCAAUUAGUAACUCAAUUAAAAUGAGACUCAGCAAUAUGACGUUUCCACGAGCAGGAGGAUGAGCCACAGACAUGCGCGAUGCAAGGCGGUCAUGCAUUCAGAGUAUCUGCGCUUCACGCUGCUGCAACGUGAUAGCUAUGGGACCAAAACAACGGAGAAGUUUAGCCUCACUCCUAAUGGACGAGAUCCUCUCUGGACGAUGUUUGGCAAUGAAACAACAGAAGCCAUUUCUUUUCAAAGGAAGAAAAGCGAUGCCAAGCGAAGUGGCCUGGGGACUGUUGGGCGACGUGAAUAGGGUGGGACUUAAGUUGGAGGAAGCUGAACUUUAUGCAAAUACUCUGCAAUAUCGCGGUGCAAUUGACCAAUUGAAGCUCACUGGCUUCCAGACCCUACUGGAUUGGCUGUUGAUACCAAGCAUGCUGUCGGCUUGCUAGCACCCACAUGAGGAGCCACUCUGGAGGAAGCUAGCGUGGUUAGGCGAAGCAUCGCUAGUUAGUGGAUCUUGGCCAUAACACUCGUAUUAUUUGCGACGUCGUCCCGACUCUGCUGUUUACUUUGUGCAUUGCUGAAUCUACCUUUAACUUUCUUACCAAUAGGCAGUGGCUGGACUACUGGCUGAUGCUCGAUCCCUGUCUGAGGUGGCCAGAGAGGAGGCCUCCAACUUCAGAUCCAACUAUGGACACAACAUCCCACUGAAGGUAAAAAAAUAACUCUGAUGCUCUUGGUCAGUGUUUCCCUCAAACUCCUCCUCGUGUACCCUGUCAGUUCCACAUAUUUGGUCUGUUCCGUUACAGUACAACCACACCUGAUUCAACUGGUUAAGUGUGUGACUGUAUUUACAUGUUGUCAACAUAUUCUGAGUUGCUUUGCUUUGUCCCCAAGUCCUAUGGACAAUUGGCAUAUUCCUUGAUUUGAGAUGAAUUGCAUAUAAUCUCUCUUUACAGCAUCUCUCAGAGAGAGUGGCCAUGUACGUCCAUGCCUACACGUUAUACAGUGCGGUGCGGCCGUUUGGAUGUAGCUUCAUUUUGGGCUCUUACGAUCAAGAUGAUGGUCCUCAGCUGUACAUGGUUGACCCCUCUGGAAUCUCAUAUGUGAGUUAUUUUGGGGGGAGUUUAUCCCCAAACAAGCUCUGUCAUUAAUUUACUGUUGUCACACUUUACAUGUUUAGGGACGGUUUCCCGGAAGCAGAUUAAGACUAGUCCAGGAAUAAGAGGCAUUCUCUGUGGAGAUUUUACCUUGAGCAUGUGGUUUAGUCCUGGACUAGUUUUAAUCUGGGUCAUGGAAAAUGGCCCUUUAAUGUGUUUGAACCUAUGCAAUGUAUUCAGAAGGGAAUGUUGAUCAGUUGCGAACAUUUACGAAAUCUGUAUCUCAUCAUGCAACCUUAAAUUAUGACCUGAAAUGUGUAACAUUAGGCAAUGUUGUGAAAAUAUUAGAUGACCACUUAUACAUUGUUUUGUUUUAUCAAGGGUUACUGGGGAUGUGCUAUUGGAAAAGCCAAGCAAGCCGCCAAGACAGAAAUUGAAAAGCUUCAGGUAAGAAUAUUAAUUGAGCCAAUUUUCUUAAGACAAGGGAAGAUCUUGCUUAAAAGUUUGCCUUUGAUUUUGUAUGCCAUUGCUAUCAACAGAUGAAAGACAUGACCUGCAGGGAGUUGGUAAAAGAGGUGGCCAAAAUGUAAGUUUUUGUUUGUUUUAUUAAAGGAACACACACCCACACUGUUACUCACUCUCAUGAAUAGCCUCCAAUCAAGGCACUGAGUAUUAAGUUGCUACUAACAUGUACUGUUGGAUGUUUGUUUUGUAGAAUCUACAUUGUACACGAUGAAGUGAAAGACAAAUCGUUCGAGUUGGAACUCAGCUGGGUUGGAGAAGGUAAUGCCACUUUCUCAUAUACACAUGUAUUUCUUUUUUUGUAUUUUACCCCCUUUUUCUCCCCAAUUACGAUCUUGUCUCAUCGCUGCAACUCCCCAACGGGCUCGGGAGGCGAAGGUCGAGUCAUGCGUCCCCCGAAACAUGACCCGCCAAACCAUGCUUUUUAACACCCGCCCGCUUAACCCGGAAGUCAGCCGCACCAAUGUGUAGGAGGAAACACUGUUCAACUGACGACCAAGGUCAGCCUGCAGGCGCCCAGCCCGCCACAAGGAGUAGCUAGAGCGCGAUGAGCCAAGUAAAGCCACCCCCCCCCCCCCCCCCCCCCCCCCCCCCCCCCUGGCCAAACCCUCCCCCCCCCUGGCCAAACCCUCCCCUAACCCGGACGACGUUGGGCCAAUUGUGUGCCGCCCUAUGGGACUCCCGAUCAUGGCCGGUUGUGAUACAGCCUGGGAUCGAACCCAGGUCUGUAGUGAUGCCUUUAGCACUGCGAUGCAGUGCCUUAGACCUACACAUGUAUUUUUAAGUGUGGUUUUGUCUCCCUUUGUACAUCUGUAUAUGACAAAUGUAACAAAGGCAGAGUUUUGUACACUGGUCUAAGCCACAACUAGUGCACCGGGUAAGCAGCCAUUGCAUUUGUUUUGGAACAAACUUGUCCCUGGUUGUGAGCAGUGUCAUACAUUUAAAUGUGACAGUUAACCCAGCUCAUAACAAAGUGAUGUAUGGCAAGCAUGUGCAAUAAUGGGUUAUGAUUCUGUUGGAUACUCGACCCUAACCAGUUUUGACUAACUAUGUGACGGGCCAUCGCCUGGUCCAUUCAAAUUGAUCGCAGCUGAUCUGCUUGAACUGAGCAGUGUAACUUAUGACCUUAAUUUCCCCUCACCAGUGACAAAUGGAAAACAUGAGCUGGUUCCAAAAGACGUCAGGGAGGAGGCAGAGAAGUACGCUAAGGUAUGUACCACGACCACCAGUCAUUCAUUUUUAUUUAGCAUGGCAUUUCUGUGACCUACUGGGUUCAAACCAAAAAUACGUCUAGGGACCAUGGUGCUUGCCUAUGGAGCAGUGAGGGGAACGGCACCUCCGUACCUUCAGGCUCUGAUCAGUCCCUACACCCAAACGAGGGCAUUGCGUUCAUCCACCUCUGGCCUGCUGGCUCCCCUUCCUCUGCGGAAGCAUAGUUCCCGCUCAGCCCAGUCAAAACUGUUCGCUGCUCUGGCACCCCAAUGGUGGAACAAGCUCCCUCACGACGCCAGGACAGCGGAGUCACUCACCACCUUCCGGAGACAUUUGAAACCCCACCUCUUUAAGGAAUGAAUACCUGGGAUAGGAUAAAGUAAUCCUUCUACUACCCCCCCCCCCCCCCCCCCCCCCCAAAAAAAAAAAUAUAUAUAUAUAUAAAAAAUAUAUAAUAAUAAAAAAUAAAAAAAAAGAAUGGUAAAGUGGUUAUCCCACUGGCUAUAGGGUGAAUGCACCAAUUUGUAAGUCGCUCUGGAUAAGAGCGUCUGCUAAAUGACGUAAAUGUGCCCUUGAGCAAGGCACUUAACCCUAAUUGCUCCUGUAAGUCGCUCUGGAUAAGAGCUUCUGCUAAAUGACUAAAAUGUAAAUGUAAAAUGUUUGAACUUGAGUCUCCUGUGUGCCACAAGACUGAGUUAGCCUGCUGAGCUAAAGCCCAAGCUUUAGCCCAGGGAGCUAACUCAAGUCUUCAGGUCCCAGGCAAGGUUACUCAUCACGUGAGAAUGGUUCACUGAACCACUUCCAUUAUAUCUGUCUUGCUGGUGUCUGAUUCGCAAUGCCUUUUGCUUCCACCAUAGGAUUCCUUGGAGGAGGAGGAUGACUCUGAUGAAGACAACAUGUAAACUCAUUUCUGUGGUUUCUCCACUCGUCAAACACCUACUGACAGGACGGCUCUCCAAGAGACACAGACGUUGUUUUGUAAUUAAUGGACCAUGUAAUUUUUUUGGGUUUGAUGGAUUUCAGCCUUUAAAUAAAAGUUGAAGAUAAGCACUGUUUAUACUCAAAGCAUUUUUGGCCUUUUUUGUGAUACUCUAAAUACUGUCAACAAGGGUUUGCCUCUGUCAUUUGUUUUUAUAAUUGGAUGUGUAUUUAGUUC